AUGUACGGGUACAUGAUGCCGUUCAUCGUCACACUUACCAUAGCCACCAACAGUUUUAUCGUGGUUGUGCUUUCGCACAAGUACUUACGAACGCCCACCAACUAUGUGCUUUUAGCGAUGGCGGUCACGGAACUGUUGACUGGAUUAUCUUGUAUUCCAUGGUUCACCUACUAUUAUACACUUUCAGGUAAGUCUAGACUUCAGAACUGACUGAACAAAUGACCUUUGAAACUUUUGUGCCUUUCCGGUGGAACUUCCGCUGCUUUUCUUAAGAGUCACAGAAAACUGCGAACAUUUUUCAUUUUUCAGGAUACAAAAAGGACUUGCAAACCGGACUGCCUAGUUUCUGGUGCAAUAUGAUUCCGUACAUGGCCGCGUUCCUACCAUCCAUCUUUCAUACAAUGGCAAUCUGGCUGACAGUGUACUUGGCCAUCCAAAGAUACAUCUACAUAUGUGUCCCAUCCCUAGUCCGCAAAUUUUGCACUAUUCAUCGCAGCAAACAAGUGAGCAGAUUUUUGCAUUGUUGCUCAUAUUGUUGGUGUUUUCAAAAAAAAUUUCAAUUCAGGUUAUAUUUUUCAUCAUUUCUGUCGCCACCAUCAUCUACACGCCGGAUUUGUUUGCGUUCCACAACGAGAGCCACGAUGUGUAUGACAACCAUCGAAACCGUAAAUAGAUGUUGUCAUUGCCAUUAUUUUGUUUUUGUUACCAGGAACUCUCACGCUUUGCUAUCGUCAUCGAUCCCCGUUUAUGGCUCGGAUGGGCGAGGACAUCUACUAUAAAAUGAUGUUCUCCACACAAACCAUCUUUGUCCAUCUCAUCCCAUCAGUCCUUCUUGUGAUAUUCACAUGGAAACUAGUCGGAGCCAUCCGAGUAGCGGACCGCCGUCACGCCAAUCUGCUCUCCAAGUACUCCACAAACACUCGUUCCACGCGCCGAAAGUUCUCCGAGCUGACGAACUCGUCAGAAACAGAGAACAAGCUAAUUCGCUUAUUCAAGCAGAGGGACAGCGUCAGCGUGGGUAACGAACCGCGAAGAGCGCACGGAUUGAAGCAGGUACUCGAACUCUUUGAAGAAAUUGAAUUAGAGUUUACUGUGUGUACUUACAGAACACUCGAAUGCUGGUCGUUGUGAUCUUGCUGUUCUUGAUCACCGAAAUUCCAGCCGCGCUAAUCUUUACGAUUCAUGUUCUGUCGGUUUCGCUCAAGUUCAGCUUUGUUGACUAUCAGUUUUUGAACAUUCUGCUAAUUGUCAGGUUAGUUACACGCUAUUGUACUGGGGAAAAAUCCCAAUUCUCUGAAAUCAUGUAUAUAAUGUAUGCUCGUUGAAGUACUCGUUUCUUGUAGUUAACAAUAAUUUUUGUGCGACCACACCCAUUCCGGGAAUAUUUUCCUGCAUAAUCCUUGUCGAAUGAUCAAAUAUUGUCCAAUUCUUCACACGCAGGGACCGCUUCUUUUCAGAAAUGUCCUCAUAGUCGUGUCCUACCCAUUCCGGUUCGCCAUCUACUGCGGAAUGUCUCAACAGUUCCGUGACGUGGUUCGUCAAAUGUUCACCGGUAAGAUGCUCACCCACGCGAUCAGGGAUAAGGACAACUCAACGACCUUGGCGCUUGUGCAAGGAAUUAAUGAACACAGUGACGAUAAACGGUAACACUUCCCUUAUCAUUAAGUGAAAGACAUAUUACUUUUGCAGCCAAUCUGUUGUCUUGUGUUCAGCGAACGGCACCCUAAUCUCUAGCAUUCCAGAAGAAAAGAGCAAAAAAGACAAGGUAGGCUUAAACAAUUCGGUGAAUUCAGAUUAUAUCCAUAACGCACACAAACAAGAAUGCAAGAUGUACCGUAAUCCCCAACAACAUCUCUGUUUUAACUCUGUCAGCACGGAAACCAGCCACAAACAUGAUUUCAGGCACUCGAAACUUGUGAAAUAGGCGAUAUGUCGUGUUAAGGUAUACUAACACCGGAUCAUUCAUUGCUGUGUUGUCCGUCAUUAGCGCAUGUAUCUGAUAACCUACAAUAACCACUGUUGUACACUCACUCGAAAAAUGUUUCCUUUUUCUGACUCCUCAGUUAGACUUCUUCUCCCACGUUUGGACUUGAUUGCAGUUUCAUUUAUUUUCCAAUCAACACAACUAACUCUGAAACCAUUUUUCUUUACUAGAUGCAAAAUGUAUUCCCAUAGAAAAGGCUUCAAUGAUUUUUUUCAGAAUUUAUUCACUUUUCAGGCCGUCCAAUGUAAUCCAGACGUGUUCGAUGAUAAUGUUCCAACAGAUGUUCCGUUUGACCCGUUCCUAGCUGAUCUUGCAAUCAUUGUCGAAGGUCAUGGAUCUCCAAUGCGUAUCAGAAAUACAGGUGCAUACUCAGAAACCGAUAUGAUAUUGUAGAUCACGAAUGUUUGUUUUAAUUUCAGAUGCAACAUGCGAUUGCUCAACCCAGUGUAGUACCGAAAUAGACAACCAAUUGUACAUCAAGCGGAAAAGUUCACUUCUCCGUGCGGCCCUAAAGAGAAACACGCAGUUGUCGGCGAUGGUAGCACAAGUCUCUUCCUAG